AGUGUUGUUGUCUGUUAUUCCAAGGCGGAAUAAGUGUUGUUGUUUCUUGUUCCAGGCCAGAGUUUAGUCCCAGCAGUUUCAGAAGAGAGGAGAGUCUGAUAUAGACGGUUGAGGGGCCACACACUCCUGGGAGCAUUUUUGGGAUUAUUUUCUCUCUGUCUCUCUUGAUUUUUAUUAAGUUCUUCAAGCUUUUAUUUGAACAAAGAAAGAAGCAGCUCUUGGGCUCUAGAUCAGCGCAGUAUUUGUUUUAAGGCGACUUUUGGACCCUAUUUGGAGGACUCUCGCACCCUCCCCCUGUCAGUCCUCUGGCUAUUGGGAAGAUUGAGUUUGCUGUUAACCUAUUUAGGAAUGCGAGGAGUAAAAGUGAAAAGUUUAUCUCGGCUUCUUGCUGGUGAGCAGAACGGAAAACAAGCAGGGAAUUAGCUCCAGACCUGCGCUGACAGCUGAUAUGAGACACAAUUUAAAUUGAUUUGAUUUGGCACGUUGGUAAACUCAUAUGCUUUCUGAGAUGGGCUCCUAACAGGCAUCAUUCUGCCUUUUUAGGUGUGUUUACACAGAGUUAGGUGAACUUUAUCAGUAAAAAAAAAAAAGAGGACAUAUCCCCACUGCAGGGACCAGAACCUGAAGAACUUUGGUGGCUCAGUUGAGCUUUCUGCUUUUCAAUGAAGGCACUACUUUAUCAUAACAUGUUCUUCUUCUCAGGAAUUGCAUGGAAAACCUGUUAUUGACCGUGCAGAACUUGAAUUAAUCCCUCUUGUGUCUCUGCUAGAUGCAGUACAUUUUUGUGGACCGAUUGUUCUCACAAAGGUGUACCAUGUUUAGUUUGUAACUGAACAGUACCAAUAGACAUUGGACAUUCACAUUCAACCCAGAAAGGCCACAUAAAUGUUGCAGUCCGUUCUGUUCAUCCCCUGUCAUCUGAAGGCUGUUGCGUCUCUGAAUUCCACCGGUACCUUUGGCUCUUUGAAGUAGCCGGCCCAAUGAUGAACAAAGACUCUCGCUUCCCCAGGAAAGCUGUGCAUAGCAACCCCUCCUCUCGAAGGCACUCAUGCAUUGGUUUUGAUGUUGAGAAUGGAUUGUCGGUGGGGCGUAGCCCUCUGGACCCCCAGGCCAGUCCCGGCUCCGGCCUGGUGCUCCAGGCCAACUACGCUCACAGCCAGCGCCGGGAAUCUUUCCUCUACCGCUCCGACUCUGACUUUGACCUCUCACCAAAGGCCCCCUCGAGGAACUCCUCCACUGCCAGUGAGCUGGAAGAAAGCUUGAAGCACUGGGAAGUCAACUGGUUGUCUCGACAUGGAGAAGACAUGAUUGUGACACCAUUUGCACAGGUACUUGCCAGUUUGAGGACGGUAAGAAGUAACUUCGCCGUUUUGACCCAUCAGCAAGAUCGUCAACCCAGCAAGAGAACUGGCAGUAACCCACCAUCCAUGUGCAAGACAACCUUAGCAGGUGUGACAGAGGAGCCGUUCCAGCAGCUGGCCGUGGAGACUCUGGACGAGCUGGACUGGUGUCUGGAGCAGCUGGAGACUCUGAAGACACGCCACUCUGUCAGCGAGAUGGCCUCCAACAAGUUCAAGAGGAUGCUGAACAGGGAGCUUACUCAGCUAUCAGAGACCAGCAGAUCAGGGAACCAGGUGUCAGAGUUCAUCUCCAGCACCUUCCUAGAAAAGCAACACGACAUGGAGAUCAUGUCUCCGCCCACCAAGGAGAAGAAGGAGAAGACGGACAAGAAGAAGCGCCCCAUGUCCCAGAUCGUGGGGGUAAAGAAGCCUAUCCUGAUCCCCAGUGUGGCCCCCUCCAGCAUUCCCCGCUUCGGGGUCCCUUCCAGUCAGGAGAGCCUCCUUGCCAAGGAGUUAGAAGAGAUCAACCAAUGGGGUGUGGAUAUUUUCAAAAUAUCUGAAUAUUCUGCGAAUCGUCCACUGACGGUGGCGAUGUAUUCCAUUUUCCAGGAGCGAGAGCUGCGGAAGUCCUUCAAGAUCCCUGCAGACACCUUCAUCACCUUCAUGAUGACCCUGGAGGACCACUACCACCACGACGUGGCCUACCACAACAACAUCCAUGCUGCAGACGUGGUCCAGUCCACCCACGUUCUUCUCUCCACCCCCGCCCUGGAGGCUGUGUUCACUGACUUGGAGAUCUUGGCUGCUCUGUUUGCCAGUGCUAUACAUGAUGUGGACCAUCCGGGGGUGUCCAACCAGUUCCUCAUCAACACCAACUCAGAGCUGGCCCUGAUGUAUAAUGACGUGUCAGUCCUGGAGAACCACCACCUGGCUGUGGGCUUCAAGCUGCUGCAGGAGAACAACUGUGACAUCUUCCAGAACCUCAGCAAGAAACAGAGACAGUCCCUACGCAAGAUGGUCAUAGACAUGGUGUUAGCCACAGACAUGUCCAAACACAUGAACCUGCUGGCGGACCUGAAGACCAUGGUGGAGACCAAGAAAGUGACCAGCUCUGGAGUGCUGCUGCUGGACAACUAUGGAGAUCGCAUCCAGGUCCUCCAGAACAUGGUUCACUGUGCUGACCUCAGUAACCCCACCAAACCCCUGGAGCUGUACCGCCAGUGGACCGACCGCAUCAUGGUGGAGUUCUUCACCCAGGGGGACAGGGAGAGGGACAAGGGCAUGGAGAUCAGCCCCAUGUGUGACAAACACAACGCCUCCAUCGAGAAGAACCAGGUAGGCUUCAUAGACUACAUUGUUCAUCCUCUAUGGGAGACGUGGGCCGACCUGGUCCAUCCCGACGCCCAGGAGAUCCUAGACACGCUAGAGGACAACCGUGAGUGGUACCAGAGCAUGAUCCCCCACAGCCCAUCGCCUACCCCCGAGGCCCAGGACAAGGUGGGCCUGCCUGGGGGAGCCAUGGGGGCCGGAGUGGGUGGAUCUUCCAUCGGAGACAAAUUCCAGUUUGAGCUGACCCUAGAGGAGGAAGGCGAGUCCGAUACAGAGAGCCCCCCAGAAGAGGAGGAGGGGUACAGUAGCACUGGGGCAGAGCCUUCUAGAACUGACCCGGACAGCAGACUCCAUUCCGUGUCUGCCACUGCUCACCCACACUAUCAGGGGCUUUCCAAAAUGGCCACCUCUGUCCUCAAUCUCGGUGGCACGACUUUGUCCACCGACUCUGACCCAGAAAAGGAGGCAGCCGAAGACAAAGAACAUGACCAAGAAGGUAAUGCCGGUGUGAGGCGCUUCAGGCUAGGUACAUAACACCAGUGCAAUGUUCUUUUUUGUUCGUUUUUUGUUGUUGAUUGUCUGUGCCUCCCCUGAACCCUUUACCCCACAUCUUUGGCUUCUUUGGACUGAAUGGCAGGACAAAGCUGAGGUAGAGAACGUAAAGGGGGUGCGUUCAGGAAGUCUGCACUUACACAGCAGUCACCUUGCACUGGAGAGACGAGAGACCCACAGUUCCUAUUUGUUAGGUUGCAGAGAACAGGAAACCCGUGCUUUUGAGCUGGUCUUUUGUGUUUUACCGAUAUGUUUCGGAGUUGAACAUGCGUCACCGUGUUUGGCUUACGUUUUUCAGAGACGCUGAGAUAACCAACCAUCCUGUUUUGACAGCCAGGUCUACGACGAAGGAGCGAGGAAUUUUGCGGGGACACGUCUUCCUUUAUACUACUUAUGACCGCUUGAAACAAUUGACGGCGCUUUGAACUUAGUAACAACAAACACCAUCAAAUAUUUUGAGACUUUAUGCCAAACAGCGCAAUAAACAGGAAUUUGGCCAAUGGCAAUGUUUGCCUGCCUUUACAACUGUUGAUGAUUUGAUAUUUUAUUCAAGUCCUUUGCAGACCUUACCAGAUAUGUACCACAAAGGACAAAGUACAGAGCAGGCCUUCAGAAUGGUUUGAGGAAGAGAUUGUUUAAAAUGCAGCAACAAUACUUUUUGGGUACCACUGUUGCAACUGCUACUAGGUGCCUCGCAAGGGGUAUUGUGCUAAGAUUGACUGAAGCAGCAGCAGCAUUACAAACUCUUAACAACUGGUUUAGGGUCAGUUCUUCCUCACACAGUCCUAACCUGAACUGUUACGUGUACACCUACAAAACCAACCCUGAGCCAGUCGUUAUAGGGGCAUAAAAGUAAGACAAAGCUAUGCUGUUUGCACCUGGCGCCUCCCAGUGUUGAAAUUCGGAAUUGAAGUCAGCCCGUGUAAUACAAUUCAAGGCAUUGAAAAUGCCCAUACCUACUGUAAAUUGACUAUAGUUAGGUUAAUUGGAUUGGGUUUAGCUAUGGUUUUAUUGUACCCAAAACAAGGACUUCAGUUAAGAAUUAACCCUUUUCUGUAUGAUUUUAUUUAUUGGAAGUCACUCAAAGUGUAUACAUACUGCUUUAUGCUGUAAAUGUGUGUUUAUCACUAACCUUAUUACGGCACUCAUUUUCAUCAGUCUGCCUCCACUUUUAGCACUUUACAAUUUAACUCACAGCCAAUAUCCUGCUUGAAAGGGCUUGUGCCAAUCCAUGAACACAUUGGAGGAAGGUGUAACCAGCACUUACAUAGCCUGGCACAUUAGGAGAACUGGUUGUUUUUUAGGGGAACCUGGACUAAGAUAAGAACUGUUUGACAGUAGGUCUGUGGACAAUGUCCUUUCAAGUCCAUUAUUGUUGUUACAAUACAGUAGGUCUCACGUUUUCCACAGGUAACAUCACCACUGGUCACAUUUUCAACCAGUUGAAUUACUAAAUAAGAUACAUUGGUAGCAUGUACUAUGUCAUCUGGGUUUGUGAAGAAAAUGUGUAAGUUGUAAUAUUUGCCAAACUAUUUCAGAGAUGUGUGAAAGAUGUGCCACUCAAGCGCAAUUCUGUCAUGGGCCAGUUCUCUGUGCCAGAAUGUUUUCCCCCCUUUCCCUUUGUCAUUGGUCAAUAUUCUGCUCUUCACAGGGACAAAGCCAAUGACAGUACAAGUGCCAAGCAAGCAUGACACAAUUUGUACUGUAAUUUCCAUUUUGCCCCUAGCUAAUUUCCAUCAAUGACUGACUGACAGCAUUGUUGAUCAUGUCGCCCUCCCUGUGUACUCGUUCUGUCCAGUAGGUUUUCGGUUUCAGAACAAUAAUCCCCUGAUAACUGUACUUGUCUUAAAGAAGUGGUAUGUUUGAAUGGUUGGACGUUUUGUUGAAUUGAAUUUGUAAAGAAACCAAAGCACUCUGUAUGGUACUUUCACAAGUCUCUGCACGUCCAGCACAGUUGAGUGUAAUGUAACUUGACGAAUCCACGUUAGUUUUCUGUCUGUAUUCUGGUAUUAUACGGCCUGAUUAUUACAAUUGAUUCACAGCACAGGCUGGACCACUGCAGCUGAAAUAGGGGACUUGUUAGCUUAUGGAAUUGAACCUUUUUGUAACUAACCACAAUAUAUUUUGAUAAAGAUACACGAUUUUUUUUUGCUGCAAGAUUCAUAAGGAGAGUUUUCAAGUAACUAAGAUAAACUCAUCUGUGGACGAAACACAAACAUUGAACCGCCAUCGUGGAGUAAAUUUAUGUUGUGUUUUUACGAAAGAUCUAGAAAUGAGACUUUCUGGAGCCUUAUAUUUGCAUAUGUUUUCUUGCAGCAUAGAUUUGAUAUAAGGUGGAGAGAAACCAGUGUCAUGCAUAACGUAGCUAAGGAGCACAUACAGUCAAGAACUCAAGCAAGCCUUUCUGCCUUCCUCAGCUGCCAUGCAACAUUUUUUCACCAGCCCUUGCAAUGACUGUCUAACAUUUAUUGUUUUGUAUAUUUCAUUUAUUGUUUUGUAUACUUUCCUCACAAUGCUUUGUGUACAGUUUAUUUAUUAUUUCUAUAUAUAUGUCCGAAAUGAAGAACUAUAGACUUUGUCGGAGGCGGAGUAUUUAUUUGUAGCUACCUUCCGAGCUUUGGGAGAAGAAGAAAAAUGGGACAGAUUUCAACUACAGUACUCAACCAAAUGUUUUAGUUUCCCUAUGUCUGCCAUUAAAGAAAGGAAAAAUACUCAAACUUUCAGGAUUUUCUGGAUAACAUCAGUAGAGUAGGAGAUCCCAGUUUCAGACACUCUGUUCCUAUGUUUCUCUCCUGACCAGGUCCCGGUUUCCCAAAAGCAUCUCAAGGCUACAUUGAACUUAGCCUUAUGAUGCUUUUGGGAAACUUGGCCCAGAACACCUGCCUACAGUCUCGACAAUCCAAACACAACUGUUUACUACGGGUUUCUAAGCGCUUACUGUUACUGUACGCCUGUCCACCUUUUCAAUAAAGGAGUCUUCAUGCCUUUGA